GUUCAGCCUGCCUAACCAAGCUAACAGCUGAAAUUAAACAAUGUAACGGUAACACAACACAUCGUCACUCCGCUCUUCCAUUCGAUUCUUUCGUACAGAAAUAGUCCAUCGUUUUUUUUUUAUACAUUUAUUUCUCGAGAGAGAGUUUUUUUCCACAAUGGAAGUGUCUUACCCGGUCAAGUCAUUUUACAACCCUGCUAUGUUCUCCGUUUACAUUUUGACUCUUGUUUUGCCAUCUCUUUGGGCUCAACAACUGCUGUUGGGUUCCUGCAAUUUUGAGCACAGUACAUGUGGAUAUUUACCGGACCCUUCCUAUGCGAAAUGGACCGUAAACGAAGAAGGGCGUUUUAUCACAGUCGACUCAGCCAACAUGGAUGGAAAAGAAAAGGCAGUACUGGUGAGCCCAGCGCUCGAUCUGCUGUACUGGAGCUGCUUGCGACUGGUAUACCAGAUUACUGGCUCAGGCUCUGUACAGCUACUCCUACGUCCUGAAGGCGAGAGCUUUGACUAUCUUUUGUGGACCACCGAUAAACCUUCAGACAGCUGGCUGAUUGCCAGCAUUGACCUCCGCAACGCAUCCAGUCCCUACAAGAUUUUAAUCGAAGGCAGACCUGGUGAAGAAGCAGGAAGCAGCAUAGCUAUAUUUGAAAUUCAUGUCAUACCUGGGUACUGCAUAGAGUGCAACUUUGAGGAACACCAUCUGUGUGGCUAUAACAACCACUGGAACCCCAAUGUAAACUGGUAUCUGGGGGGGAGCAGCGUUCAGGGCCCCCAGUCCGACCUGCUUGAUGACCACACUAUGAGCAAUGACAAAGGUCACUACAUGUAUGCAGAUUCGGUUUACGUUAAAAACUUACAGGAAGUCGCCAAAUUUUCAUCACCGAUGACAACCACACCUAUGGAAGGAUGUUUGUCUUUUUACUAUCAGCGUAGCCAGGCAAGAGGAAACAUUUUCUCAGUCUUCACCAAGGAUCAGUUUGGGCACUAUGAGGAAAUUUGGAGGCCAGAGAUUUAUUCUGCUACAGCAUGGAGAUUAGUGCAAGUUGACAUCAAGGCACCUCAUCCCCUAGAGGUGAUUUUCGAAGUGGCCUUCAACAGUCCCCGUGGAGGACAUGUGGCCCUGGAUGACAUUUCGUUUUCUCCAGAGUUCUGCCACACAGAGACAGAGCCAGCCUUUGAUCCUUCCAUUGCAAGCUGUGACUUUGAAGAAGGACUCUGUCAGUACUACCAAGAACCUGCCCAGGGAUCAGUCUGGAACAGAGUAUCAGUGAAACCCAAUGCCUACAGGAUUGGAGAUCAUACUACAGGUUCAGGUUUCUUCCUGUUGGCCAACACGCGCUUUACCUCCCAGCCCGGCUACGUGGGCCGCCUCCACGGGCCCUUCCUGCCAGGGAACCUGAAGUACUGCCUAAGGUUCUACUAUGCAAUACACGGCUUCAUGAAAAUGGAAAAUGCCCUCUCGCUCUACAUAUACGACGAGAACAAUGUAGCCCAGGAGAAAGUUUGGACAGUGUCCGAAGGUUCUCGGGGUAUCUGGAUGAUGAUGGACAUCACCAUCCACAAGCCUAUGCCCACCAAGGUGGUGUUUGUCAGUAUAUGUAAGAAUUUCUGGGACUGUGGACUUGUGGCCCUUGAUGACAUCACUGUGGACCUAGGAGACUGCCGUGUCAUCGCUGGGCUGGAACAGUCCCUUCCUGGACAGUGCAGCUUUGAAGUGGAUGACUGUGGAUAUACUCAGGACAGGCACAGUGACGUGACAGACUGGGUGAGGAUGCGAGGACACACACCCACCUUGUUCACUGGGCCAAAGGGCGACCACACCACGGGGACUGGUCACUUCAUGUAUAUAGAGGCUUCGCACAUGCUGCCAGGACAUUCAGCACGGCUGCUUACGGCUGAGCUGCGGGGAUCGGCGGCUCUGCAGUGUUUGAUCUUCUACUAUCACAUGUACGGCUCUGGCACGGGCCAGCUCGACGUCCUCCUGCAGAGUGAGGACACGGGUCAUGUCAAGUUGCUAUGGAGACGGAGAGGAGAGCACAGCAUAUCCUGGAUGAAGGCCUCGGUGGAUUACGAGUAUAACAGCAGACACAAAAUUGUGUUUGAAGCCAUCAGAGGACCAUCGAUAAGAAGUGAUAUUGCAAUUGAUGACAUCCUGUUUAAGAAAGGGCCUUGUGAAUCUACAGAUCCUGGGGAGAGCAUGUCAUUUUCUGGCUUCUCUGAGAACUUCAUUGCGACUGAGUACUGAGAGCGCUGCUUGGCUGAAUGUGCCAAGGAGAAAUGGCAGAGAUGAAGGGCUCCUGAGUGCCUUCGAACAGAGUAAAGCAGCAAUCACAUGACCUUAUGGAACUCGCACGGGCAUAAAUACACACUUCAUUAUAUUCUUCUUACUGCGCGCCUCAGGCAGGAUGUUAAACAGUGGCUCCACAGGCAUUUUCUGAAGUAAAAGAGUAUUUAUUGUGUGAUGUUUAUAGAACACGGCAGAGUAGUGGUGUAACUUUUUGUGUAUCGCAUUCGUUAAGUGGAAUAAAGAACCAACACAUUUGACUUCUCUUGUGGACAGUGCACGACAUUGCAGGGUGUGUUUACAAAAGGCAACAAAACAAGAAAUGAUAGAUUGUGCUACUGGUUCCAUUAUCAACAUUUAUGGGAAAUUAGCAAAGAACAGGAUACAAAUAUUGUGACUGGGGCCUGUGAGCUUCCGCAAGCCUAUUAAAUGUGCUUAAUAGUUUGGCAGAACAAAUUGACAAGGUGGCUGCUCGUCAUCAACUCUUGGAAUGAAACGUGGACUCUUCUACAUUUUUGCAGAAGCCUUCCAGACAGUCACAAUAUAUAUAAUGUACCGGUAAAGUUUUAAUGCUUAAUACAUUAUUUGUAAAAUGUCACUUUAGAUCUAUGCCCCAUGCUGUGUUUUAGCAGUAGUAAAAUCAUUCUUACUCAUACUUUUGGUAAAUCUUUAAUUUCAGUUUUAACAUAUGUGUGCUGCAGUUUGUAGGAUAUUGUUAUAAUAAUCAAAAAUAAAUAAAUAUUUGCUUUAA